UUUAUAACUCUUCCGCAGAAAAAGAAAGACCUGCGCUCGAUCAUAUGAUAGCGUACGGUUGCCGUUCCGUUUCUGCGAUAGCAUUGACUCAGUGGGAGCUUUCAGACAGUAUGAGUAGAAGAAACAGGAAUAGUUACCUUUCUAUAGCCGCUGUGCGGACAAUUGGAUUGGAUUUUAUAGAGAUGCUGGAGGAAACAAACAGGAGAUCCAUUUCUGACAGAAAUACUCUGACAGACAUCUACAACAAAGAGUUUCGAGAUAGGAACGAUGGAGUUAAAGAUCCAAACUUCUCUCGAGUCCUCUAUGCAUUGAGAAACGCCAAUAAAGCACAUCUCUCCAGAACAGGUCGUGUUUACUUCAAUACUAAUGUAAGAUCAGGGCUGCGCGAUCAAUGGUGUCGGCCACGUCGAAGACAAGAAAACCAGGCUAACGUUACUCCAGGUAAUGUUAGCUCACGGAUGCCUCCUAGUGGUCAGGGGCCCUCCUGCCCAGGGCCAGAGAGUGGAGUCAGAGCAAGGAGAAAACUGGUGAAACACAUCCUACAGCGACUCAACACUACAGACAGGUCUCAUUUUAUAGCUGAUAAGCAUGGUGUGCGGGUGUCCUCUGAGCUCUAUAUAGAAGAUGGAAAGAUUCGGAUCAGUGUGGAUGAAGCAGAAGUUUAUGAGUUGAAGCUGUUUGUUCAGAACACAGGUCAGGAAGCCGUGUAUUUCACAUACUACACUGCUCUUUGCUGGCUGCAGUAUUUCACUCUGGAAGACAGUCGGGAAGUCACACGCAACAAUCCACUCCGUCUGGAGCCACGUGAGAAGUAUGAGGUGAUUGUGAGAUUCAAAUCCAGUCAUGUUGGAGUUUAUUCGGCUACUUUGGCAUUUGAGUUUAAGAAGAACACCCAGCCCACCACACGUCCCUUCCACAUUGUGCGCUUCAUUGAGGCAGAAUACAGGAGUAAACUUGCAGCCCAGCUGGGCCCUACAGAGCCAUACAAGCCUCUGAGACUCAACAUCUCUGAACCCGAAAACUGUAUAAUAGAUGAGGGUUUUCCACCUGAUGGUUAUGUUCAGAACUUUCUUGUAAAUGUUCUGCCACUGGGGAAAUACAUUCCUCCACCUGACACCACUAUACUGGCCAAACUCCUCAGUCAGGACUGUUCUACUCGAAUCUUCAGGGGAAAACUUAAGGAACUUCAGUCACUUCUGCAGAGUCCCCUGACUUUCGAUAACUAUGCAGAACGCUUUGAUUUACUGCUGUAUCUGGAGGAGUGUCAGAUGCAUGUGGAUAUUAAGAGAUACAAUAAAGACAGUGUCACCUUAUUCAAGGACCGUGACAAAAGGCUAAUGGGUUUAAAUCUCCCCGGCGUCUCAGAAAACAGGCCUUCAGUCCUGAGAGGAGAUCACCUGCUUCUUACGAAGAGCGAGGAGGUCACUAUCUCAAAUGUGACCAAAUACAAGGGCUACGUCCACAGAGUGGAACUAGAUCAGGUCAAACUGGGAUUCUCCAAAAGGUUCCUUAAAGACGUAUACAUUGAUAAGAUGAAAUUCCGUGUAGAGUUCACAGUCAAUCGUAUUCCAGUAAGAUUACAACACAGAGCGGUUUCAUAUGGCUCCAACCACAACCUUAAAGAUGUGCUGUUCCCUGUGGCCUCAAGGAAGCCUGAACCCUGUGGCCCACCUGCUCUGAGGCUCUUUGAUCGAAAGCUUGAGUAUAACUUUGAACAGUACAGUGCAGUGUGUAACAUUGUGGCCGGUACAUCCAAACCUGCACCGUAUUUGGUGUUUGGACCUCCUGGCACUGGUAAAACCGUCACGAUAGUUGAGGCCAUCAAACAGGUGGAAAAGAAUAUCCCCGAUGCCUAUAUUCUAGCUUGUGCUCCAUCUAACAGUGCAGCUGAUCAACUGUGUGAAAUGUUGAUCACUAGUAAACAUGUUGAUGCGCACAAAAUAUACCGACUCUACGCUAGCUCACGCAAUCAAAAAGACAUCCCUAAAAUCCUAAAGGACAACAGCAAUGUGGAUGGAGAGAUGAUUGAUUUCCCAUGUAAAGAGGAUCUCAUGUCCUACAAGAUCCUCAUCUGCACUCUGGUCACUGCAGGCAGGCUGGUCACUGGGGGGUUUUCUGGGGAUCAUUUUUCUCACAUCUUUGUGGAUGAAGCUGGACAUGCUGUAGAGUCAGAGACCAUCAUCAGUGUGGCAGGACUGUUGAAUGCAGAGACAGGACAGCUUGUUUUGGCUGGGGAUCCCAAACAGCUGGGACCAAUCCUGAGAUCCCCACUUGCCAUUAAUCAUGGACUUGAUGUCUCUUUGUUAGAGAGGCUGAUGACACAGAAUGAUCUUUAUAAGAAAGACGAUGUGGAAUUCGACAAGCGAUACGUCAGCAAACUUAUUAUGAAUUACAGGUCUCACCCAUACAUUUUGGAGGUUCCUAAUAAGUUGUUCUAUGAUGGGGAACUGAAAGCAUGUGCAGAUGAGAUCAGCUCUAACCAGUACUGCAUGUGGGAGCACUUGCCUACAAAGGGAUUUCCUGUGAUUUUCCAUGGUGUUCCUGGAAAGGAUGAGAGAGAGUCAAACAGUCCUUCUUUCUUUAACAUCUAUGAAAUCAACAUCCUUGUUGACUACCUGAAGAAACUGCUUCUGGCACAGCCCAAGAAGGGAAUCUCUAGAAUCUUCCCCAAAGACAUUGGCAUCAUCGCCCCCUACAGGAAACAGGUGGAUAAGAUUAAACGGGCCAUCGAUACAGACAAGGACUUCAAAGAUUACAUGGGCAUUAACAACCUGAAAGUCGGUUCUGUGGAGGAGUUUCAGGGCCAAGAGAGGAAAGUGAUCAUGGUUUCAACUGUUCGCAGCAGUGUAAAAUACAUCAGUUUGGAUGAAACAUUCAACAUUGGGUUUCUCAAAAAUGAAAAGAGAUUCAAUGUGGCGGUGACAAGAGCAAAAUCCUUGUUAAUCAUGGUGGGAAACCCCAUCAUUCUGCGGACAGAUGAGAGCUGGGGCCGCUUUAUUGACUUCUGUUUGGAGCGGGGUGGUUACACUGGGAUUUCCAUUACCAGUGUAGAGAGAAUAGAAGAAGUUGAAAGCCGUCUUCUUGCACUUAACAUCCAGGAUGAGGAAACCGAGGAGAGUCCAGUCCAGCGGUACGUGGAUCCUGAGUUUAGGAAUGAUUACUAAUAUAGAAGAUCCUUCAUCUCAAGCCCAUCUUCUGUAAAGCGGUGCAACAUCAACACUUUUAAUCCACACAUUGUAGCAAAGACAUUGUACAACAUCGACCUUGCACAAUUUGAUUGUAUGUUUUUUGAAUUUAUAAGUGUAAUUUUAAAGCGUUCUCUGAAUUUUUGAUACAUUUUAGCUGUUAUUUUAAGCGGAGAACAGAAAUUACUUGAAUAUGUGAGGACAUGGACCACAAGUUUUUGAUUAAGUGCCUUUCUGACUGCAAUAUGAAAACAAUAAUUGUUGUAAAACAGAUAAACUAACAGUAUUUUUGUCUUUGUUUGUAUAAAAUGAGACUUUGAAAACUAUUUUUAAAUUAGAAAAUACAUUUCAGCUGUGCUUUGAUUAUUCAACUUCAAACAUUUUAACCCUUUUUAUGGCACUCAUUGAGAUACUAAUCAGAAAAACCCUGGAGAGUUUCUCUGGGUCAUUACAAGACAUUUACUACUUCAAUAAAAAAAUAAAGAUAUUGUUAUCAGUGUCAAUGAAGUUAACAUAUGUGGUUCAUCCUCACCCAAUAAAGGGUUCAUGUGUUUUCAAUAAUCUCCGCAUGAUGACAACGUCAGUGGUUUGGUUUUAUACUGUUUGCCUCCCCCUUGUGGUUAUUAGAUGUACUGCUACACACAGAUAACCGUUGCAGUGAUGUUUAUUUUAUAGAGAGCCUAUAAAUGGCAGUCACAGUUAUAUGGAGUCAUAUACUGAGUCACUGCUUAACUUAAAUUUAAACCAGUUUGAGCUUGCUCUUAACACAAUAACCUCUCAUUUAAAGUUACUUGCUGGGCUCCAAUUAUAGGGACAGGAAUAGGGAUCUACAAAAUAGAUCUUAGUAACUCUUAAGUCACCUCUACCCCACAAUUAAAGAUGUAUUAACAAUCUCUGGAAAACACUGAACUUUGAAGUCAUCGCCCCAAACAAACACACCCCUCAGUUCUGCUGGAUCCACAGGAAUGUUGGUAAAUGAUGUGUGCAGGAAGGAAUGGGAGGGUCUAUAUAUAAUGGUCACACUUUACAUAAGGUUCUAUAGUUAUUGUUAGGGAAGGCAUUUACUAUGAAUGAAUAAUAUAUGUUAUUAAUAGUCAUUAGUUGAUGUUAAUUUCAUUAUUUACUAAAGCAUUGUUAAAAUUUCAAUAACAGUUGUGCUUGUUAAG